AUGGCCUGUGUCCCCACAUACCUGUACAUCAUAUCAAGUGGGAACAAAGCCAUCAGUAUCAAAGCCUGCUUCAGCCAAAUAUUUUUUAUUGUCUUCUUUGGAGCUGCAGAAUAUUUUCUCUUGGCUGUGAUGUCCUAUGACUGCUAUGUGGCCAUCUGCAAACCCCUGCAUUAUGUGACCAUCAUGAACAGCAGAGUCUGCAGGAAUCUCAUCCUCAGCUUUUGGGUAUCUGGCUUACUGAUCAUCCUUCCACCCCUUGGUUUGAGCCUUAAUCUGGAAUUCUGUGACUUUGUUAUUGACCAUUUUUUCUGUGACGCUUUUCCAAUACUGAAGAAUUCAUGCUCAGAUACAUGGUUCAUAGAGCAGCUAGUUAUAUUUGGUGGUGUUUUAACCUUCCUAAUGAUCCUAGUGUGUGUAGUUCUGUCCUAUAUUUACAUUGUUAGGAUGGUUCUAAGAUUACCCUCAGCCCAGCAAAUGAAAAAACCAUUUUCCACUUGUUCUUCUUAUAUGAUUGUGGCUUCCAUCGCAUAUGGCAGCUGCUUUUUUGUAUAUAUCAAACCUUCAGCUAAAUAUGAGCUGGCCAUUAAUAAUAAGGACGUUUCUGUGUUCAUUGUAUCUGUUGCCCCUUUGUUGAACCCCUUCAUUUAUACCCUGAGAAACAAACAAGUGAAGCAGUCUUUCCACUACACCCUCAAAAGACUUGUGCUUCUUUCAAAGAAAUUUUAG